AUGGCAGCACUGAACAUCUUGGCCGGCUUGCAAACCGAACAAAGAAACUCGGCUUCGUCCAACAUCGACCAAGUCUCGACGCUUGAACUUUGCCACAUCAUCAAUGACCAGGACGCAACAAUUGCGGACUCGGUAGCAGAAUGCAUCCCAACUAUAGCAGCCGCGAUUGACUGCUUAGCUGGCAGGGUCCGUGCCGGAGGUAGGGUGAUCUAUGUCGGUGCUGGGACCAGCGGGAGACUGGGGAUCUUGGAUGCGUCAGAAAUCCCUCCGACCUUCUCCUCACCAGAAGGUCAGUUUGUGGGCAUCAUUGCAGGCGGCGAGGCUGCCAUUCGACAUGCACAAGAGGGGGCCGAGGACGAUGUCGAUGCUGCGGUCCAAGAUCUUGAAGCUCUCCAUCUGAACGGUCAGGUCGACUCGUUAGUUGGCAUUGCUGCUUCUGGACGCACCCCGUACGUGCUGAGCUGCCUCUCGUAUGCCAAGAGGCUGGGUUCCGCCACCAUCGGUGUAGCUUGCACGGAGCCAUCCGCUAUGAGUAGGAGCAACACUGUCGACUAUAUGAUCAGUCCCGUCGUUGGACCGGAGGUCGUGACGGGAAGCACGAGGAUGAAGGCGGGUACUGCAACCAAGCUGGUCCUCAAUAUGCUCAGCACCGGGACUAUGAUCAAGUUGGGAAAGACAUUCGGGAACAUGAUGGUCGACCUGAAAGCCACGAAUCUCAAACUCCAACAGCGGUCUCGGAAUAUAUUACGAACAGUCUGUGGGCUGAGAUGUCCCACCUCGGACGACGACCUCGACAUUCUUCUGCACAAAUGUCACGGUAGCGUUAAGCUCGCUAUUGCAUCGUUGAGCUUGGGGGUAUCUGUGUCAGAAGCGGAGCGUCGUCUUGACGAAGCUGGCGGUGUCCUCGCGGACCUUUUGAAACAGGUCGUCGAUCUAUCGCUUCCUGACGACAGUACGAACCAGAGAUAUCUUCUCUGCAUCGAUGGAGGCGGGAGCAAGUGUGCGGCAGCAGUCAUAUCUGUGGAUGGCGAAUAUGGGCACGGCGAAUCCUCCGGCUGCAAUGUGACAGAUGUUGGCGUCGAGGCCUCACUUGCGUCCAUUUCGUCCGCGAUACAAGGGGCCUGCGACACAAUGGCCACCCUCAAAGGCAAGAGUUGGAGACCCAGCCUUUUCUCUUCUGUUUGGGUUGCGCUAGCCGGGCACGACCGGAAGCAAAUCGCCACGAUCGUCGACAAAGCCUUGGAGGACUUGUUCGCGCGACCCCAGGGGCCAGGCUUGACAAUCACAAACGAUAUCGAGCUCCUUGCAAUUCCGGCUGCAGAGAAACACAAUGUCGAUUCAUCGGUCGUGCUCGUAGCUGGAACUGGAUCGGUGGCAAUGAGCUUCCAGCGUCAAAAAGGUCGAUUCGUUCGCACCGGAAGGUCAGGAGGUUGGGGUCAUCUGCUUGGUGACGACGGCUCAGGCUUUGAUAUCGGGCGACGGGCUAUACGCGUCGCAUUGGCUGCAUUGGAGGGUCUCGACACAGCGGGCAAUCAAGAGCAGGGGCUCGUACACCAGACUGCUUCUCACGUCGAAAGCCUCAUACUUGAUCACUUUCGGCCCCCGGGCACUCCUACGCGCGACUUCGACCUGCUGAGCACAGUACUGACGUGGCCGUCGGAACUGGAGAAGAAGAGACGCAUCGCACAAGUCGCUCGCCUUGUCAUCGAGGCUAGCAAAUGUGACCAUGAAGCCAAAAUUAUUGUCGACGGUGCGGUAGAAGCUCUGGUGCGGCUGCUCACCACCCUCACCAGCUCCGAACGGAUCGAUAGUCAAGGUUCAGUAUUGGUCCUGGGAGGCGGAUUGAUGCAGAGUCCGGCUUUCUCUAAUGCGGUCCUCAAGUCACUCGGCGAGAAAGGGACAGCCUUCAAACACGUCGAAGUUGUUGACCAUCCCGCCAGCUCCGCCGUCAAGUACUUGUUGCACAAGCGACGGGAUCGAGCCUGGAUCGGGAUGUCCCCUCCGUGUCCGUGA